AUGCAGCACAUGAAGGAAGCCAAGCAGAGUAAAUAUUUGGGACUCCCAAUGGUGAUUGGGAGAUCAAAAAGGGAAGUGGCAAAUUUUUGGUGGGGCCAAAGUGGAGAUGACAGAAAAAUAUAUUGGAUAAAAUGGGGAAGGCUGACAGAAGUAAAAACCAGAGGUGGUCUUGGUUUCAGGGCUUUAGAAGAAUUCAAUGAGGCACUACUAGCAAAGCAGCUAUGGAGAAUACUGACAAGACCCAAUUUACUGAACGGUAUAAGGAAGAGAGUAGGUGAUGGCAAAACUAUUGAUAGUUGGAAGGACAAGUGGCUAGAAGAUUCAACUGAUGGAAAUAUAAGUAAUGGACACACCCAUGACACAGAGUUUCAAUGGCAGAUUUGGAAAGCAAGCCCAAUUCAGUGGGAUGGACUUGACACGUAUAGGGGUAAUUUCUGGCUAUGGUGGGAAAGGUUAUUGGAGGCUACUAAAAGGGAUGAAAGGAUAAUACACAUUGAAGCCACGGUAUAUAUACUCUGGCAUAUCUGGAAGGCCAGAAAUGAGAUAAAUUUCAAACACAAAAUUCUAAACCUAGUUCAAGUCAUCCAGAAAGCAAUGUCAGAAUGGCUGGAGUACCAAAAAGCAUUGGAGGAAGAACAAAGACAGGAAGAUGAAGAACAACAGAGAGCAGAACAGAAGGCUAGGUGGACAGCUCCAAAAGGGGAGUGCAUAAAAAUCAACACAGAUGCUGCAUUAGAACAGAAAGAAAAUAGAGCAAGUUGGGGGAUAAUCGCAUGUGAUAAGGAUGGCAAACUGGUUGGCUCAUAG